AUGGUCAUGCUCAGCAAGCUUCCCCUUUGCGCCUCCAUAUUGGCUAUACUGCCUGCCUUGACAUCUGCCAAUGCGACCUUACCUUUCGACUACAACGCCCUCAGCCUAAGAACCGUUGGCGCCCGCAACACGCUGGACUGGCGCAUCUGGCUCGAACACAACAAGCAACCCAUCUCCUUCUGGCACGACGUCCCGCUCUACCCACACCCACCAAGCAGGCAAAUCAUCAACUUCGUCGUUGAGAUCCCUCGUAAUACAGACGGGAAGAUCGAGAUCCGCCGGUCGGAGCCGCUCAAUCCAAUUUUUCACGACGAACGCGAUGGCUCCCCGCGCUACGUAGAGAGCGUCUGGCCGCACAAGUCCUACCCGUUCUUGUACGGGUCGAUCCCGCAGACCUGGGAGAGCCCUAACUUCAAGCAUGACUUUACCAAAGAGCCGGGAGAUAAUGACCCCGUCGAUCUGUUUGAUAUCGGCCAGGAUCAGGGCUUUACGGGGCAGGUGAAGCAGGUUAAGAUUCUGGGCGCGCUGGCGCUGAAUGAUGGCGGCGAGACGGACUGGAAGGUUCUAGGGAUUGAUGUGAGGGACCCGAUUGCAGGACUGGUGGAUGACUUCAAAGAUGUCGAAAAGUACCGCCCCGGCCUGAUCGCUUCGUACCGCAACUGGUUCACCACCUACAAGGUCGCGCGCGGCGACUCUCUUAUCCCUAUCGUCAACAACACCUACGUCAACGCGACCUUUGCGGCAUCCGUCGUGCAGCAAAGCCACGGCUACUGGCUAGACCUGGUCAGCGGGACCGUCGACUCGAACGAGAUCAAUUACAACCAGACCUCCCGCCCAGAUAUUGCGGUCAGCUUCGUGUCGAGGUCCAAUGCUACCGCGCAUUUUGAUCUACCAGCGGUGUCAGAUGAGCGUCCGGCUGAGGCAAAGCCGGAGCGCUUCGAGCAGUGGUUUUAUCUGGAUAAGGAGGGUAGGCUUAUUGAGGAGAAUGUUGUUGGGUAG